AAAACUGCAUUUCAUAAUUUUUGCUUUUUUGUCAAUGUUUGUAAUAAGUUCGCCUUGAACUCGGUUCAACAUCACGUCAAGUGGGCCGUCGGCGUCAAAGAAGAACGAUCACGUGACCAUAUUGUGUGACAAGAAUUUGUACCGUAUUGGUCAAUAAGGGAGAAAGGAGAAAAGAAAAAACCUAGGCAUGUGCUGCAGAACCAUCUGGCCAUCAAGAACCCAGUGUCUCGGUCUUUCUUUGUCAGCAUCAUCUUUGAAGAACACAAUCUCGUCUCGCCUCAAUUUCCUGAUUUAGUAACUACAUGUAGUUCAAAGAAGGUGUACUCAUCAACUUGAGUAUGUCGCAAAAUAAUACACAAUUGUUUGGUUGUCAUGGUGCCAAAUAGAUGUGUCAGCCUUAGAUAGAUAUCACGGUUGUUUAAAUACUGAUGUUGUUGAAGAGAGAUUUUAAUAAACAGAGAGAGUGGUUGAGGUCUUAGUUUAGCGGCAAAAUGGUGAAAAUGACUGUGUUUAUGACUGUAACUGCUUCCAUUGAUCCAAAAGUCAUAAGUUACAUUCCUGGUAAUCUCGCAAAAUUCUUGGAUAAGUUGGAAACAGAUACUGGAGCAACAAUCUCUUUUCGUUCCGACGACAACAUCCAUUUUGUCAAAGGAAAUUGGGAGGCGGUGGAUCGACUCCGGGAUUUGCUGGAGAUAUUUCUGUGUCAGCGGACUGCUCAACGUGCAACGGAAGAACUCCUUGUUACACCUUUGCAGAUUCAAAAUAAGAAUGAUUUUGAAUCUGGAAUGUCUGGAGAGAGAGUUGGGAAUAGUUCAAAAUUGUCUUCAACUGAAUACAACGUAAUGGAUAAGGAUAAUGUGGAAAGCAAGAUUCCUGAUGAAGGCGACGUAAUCAUCGAUUUUCGACAAAAGAAACUGCAGCCAAUGAAACAGGCUAUCAGUUCCCUCAAAGCGCGGUUGAAAAACAAUCCUACUUCUUCCAGUUCAGUCGUUACUAGUCCAACUGAGCCAUCACCUCCACAUGAAGGUGUUGACACGUCUCCAAGUAAACCCUCAUCUGUCAAAAAUGUGGAUACUGUGGGUGAAAAGGUGUCAAAUUUUAGCAACUCUUUGUGCGAAGACAAACUCUCGCUUAAAACACAGGAAAUAUGGGAUUUGGCUCAGCGCGUACGGAAUGCCGCAAUCAAACGAUUGGCUAGACGUGGAAAAAUUCCGCUUCGACCAAGACUCUUGUCAAGCAAAACCUUUGAGGUGUUUACAGGAGAUGUUGGUAGUCCUUAUUCUUGGUCUUCAUCAUCUCCUGCCGAAAGUGUCACCUCAGACAUUGAGGAACAUCAGAUUAUAACGGCACAGGGAUAUUCAGGUAGUGACUCAUCAUCAUCUGCAGUUUCCAAGUGUCAAAACAGACUGUAUCCGGAUGGUGUUGGAAUGUUGCACUCCUUCUCUAUCCCUGAUGUGCCUUCAAAUUAUCUGCGGCCAAAACAGCCAGUUACAACAGUUUCGUUACCUAAUCAUCCAGUGGCCAGUUCUUCUUUUGCUAGAUUUGAUGACGAGGGUUCCGAGUCUGGAAGUUGCAUUGAAGAUUGGCCAACAUCUAGUGCCUUUGGGCUGAAUUUAUCUGGGAAAAAUAGCAAUGGCAAUUACUCUGAAAAAAGUCCAGUUUUGAAGAGGUCACUGUCCUUUCCUGUCCAGUCUUGGUCUAAAUGGGAUAGCCAAGGAAAUUCUCAAUCAACUGCAGAUACUAAAGAAAUGGUCAAUCUAUAUGGCGGCAAUACUGCUGCUGUUUUCUCAGAUAAAGGUGCUUUGAGAUUUCCUAUGCAACCGGAGGGAAAUUUAAGUUAUGUGCCACCUGCAUUAGUUGGUUUAAAACAAAUUGGGCAUAACAAAGAAAAGAAUUUGGCAACUGCUCAUGCAAAUCCUCUGCCAGUCCCUACUGAUUUGAAUUUGAAUGCAAAUUUUCUUUAUCAAAGCCUUGAUGCUCUUGAGAGCGAAAUCGGAAAGCCUUUCAAGUGUGAUAUGUGCUGUUAUGAAACGAAUGAUUGCGAGGACAUGAGGUCUCACUGGAAGCAUUGUCAGGUUGAGGGACGGUACACUUGCAAAGUUUGCUCUAAAUGUUUCAAAGAAGAGAAAGAUCUUUAUGAUCAUAUGAAAAGUCACGAGAGAUCCAAGAGCUUCUCUUGUCAUAUUUGUUCUGAUGUUUUCACAUCUUCAACGUCUUUAAAUGAACACAUGAAGGUUCAUAAAAUUGAAAAGGGAGGUGUGAAGAACGCUGUCACGUGCAGCGAAUGUGAUAAAACAGUUUCUUCUGCUCAUAAACUGCAAAUUCACAUCAAGAUGUUCCACCAGGAACAACGCUCUGGUUUUAUAUGUCAAGAAUGUGGAAAAAGCUUCUCACAGAAGCAUUCAUUGGUUGAACACCAAAACCUUCAUCUUGGGGUCCGCCCAUUUAAGUGCGAAGUUUGUUAUAAGGAUUUCUCAUUCAAGACGUCGCUGCGGCAACAUAUGAUGUUACAUAACACAGGGAAAAAUUAUUUCUGCCAAACCUGUGGAAAGGGGUUCAUGCAGAAGAAUUCUCUGAAAAUUCACAUGGCAAUUCAUGAAAGUAAACGGAGUCAUGUCUGCUCUUAUUGCGGCAAAGGAUUUACGCAAAAACAGGCAAUGCAGCGACACGAACGAAUUCACAGUGGCGAGCGUCCUUACGCGUGUAAAAUCUGUGAUAAGAAAUUUAACGAUUCGUCAAUCUUGAGACGUCAUAUGAAUGUUCAUCAAGUGGAUGACGGUCAAGUUGACUCCUCGAAAUGACAUUGUUGACAUUGUUUGAACUUCCAUCCUAGAUUCUAUACUGUGUGUUCAACCAUAGACUGAUAGAGCCUGCAAACAUUAGUGUGAACUCGUCAGAGAGACCGUCUUCAAAACUCAGUUGUCAAGUGUACAAGUGAUUGGCACAGGUUUGGUAAUAGAUAGCAGACCAGUUACUUAUAGUAUUUAACAGUCCUGCAUAAUAGCAUGCGUUUUCAUUGUGAUGAUGGCAAGUAUAAGUGGAGGUCCAAUACAACACAGUUAAAUGUUUAGUAAUUCCUUGCAAUGUCUGUGAAUGGCUGAAUGAAUUUAUGAGCCUGUCAUAAGCUCCUGGGAAAAAUAGUCCAUUGUCUCUGUUAAGUUCUAGUUCGUGGUGUUUAAUCUGAAUUGCUUCCAUAUAUUUUCUACGAUAAAGCUUCUCCUCCCUGGAAUUGAGCACAGUAACGUUGUCCCAGUCUACACUAUGUCCAUUGUUGGUAUAAUGUUCAAAUAUAGCUGAUUUGUUGAUAUAUUAUUGUAAUUAUUAAGAGGUUUUAAAAUGUUGUUUGAAAUGUUAUGGUGUGAUUGUUGGAUAUAGAUAUUCGGUAAUUAUAUAUUUUAUGAGAUGUAUUUGAUUAUCAUGAAACAUACAAAUUCUAGUAAAAUAA